AUGUCGAACAGUGCCGUAGCCAGGCCUCGUUUCCUCGAUUUGUCGGCACCGCAGGGUAAACCGCAUUUCCAGUUUUGCAGCGUUGACUCCGACGGCGAAUAUCCUCCGGAUAGCGACGUGAUCCUCGCCGAGGCGGAACGCGGUCGACUGGCUGAACCGAGCUACGACGACGACAGGAGUGUUACGGUGCUUUCGAGCGACGAGCACGACAAUAAUCUGCCGUCCGAGCCAGCCUCAAUGCCGCCGGUGCUCUCGUCCACCAGCAGCACCAGUACCGCCUUCAGCUACAAAAUCCAGCUUAUCAGAGCGCCAAUCCGGCCUGCGGCAGCGCCGGCAGCGAUCCGGCUGGAACCAAGAGCAAGGCCACUCACUCACUCGAGCGACCAGGACAUCCCGGGGAAGAUUUUGGGAACGGACGACCCGGGUGGUAGCAAAGGGCUAUUGAAGUGGAAGGGCGUAAUGUUCGCUCCAAACGACGAGGUAGAUCAGGACAUAGAGCACGAUCAGGAAGAGGACGGGAGAGACACCACGGAUUCGGUCGCUCGCAACGAGAACUUUGAACAAGGCAGUGAGGUGUUCAUGGUGGAGCUGACGCGUGGGUGGAAUAGUCGACUGGGCUUUAGUUUACAGCCGGAAGGAAAUCGUACGGUGAUAUCGGUUGUGCAUCCCGAUAGUGUCGCGGCAAAGGAUGGCAGGCUCAAGCAGGGCGAUGUGUUAUUGAUGGUUAAUGAAGAAAGUGUGGAACACAUGUCAACAGCCGAUAUAAUAGAUCUAUUACGCAAGAUACGCGGCUCUAUAGGUAUCACGGUGAUGAGAAAAUCUAAACAGGAUAAUAUAACGUGACACUAGUCCAGUGCGUGAUCGAAACAAAGAAGCCGAAGGUGAGAUGAUCCGAACGAUAUUAUUCUUUAUCAGCAACAGCAGGUUUCGUUUAGACAUGAAUCCAGCGUGAAGAAAGUUUAACCAAGAAAAGACACUGGUUUUUCUCAACAAAACGUUCAUUAAGUUUUGAAUAAUGAGAGAUCAUAGAAAUAAGUAGGGAAAAAGAAUAAUUAUUAAGGAAUAAAA